CGGAGCCCUGCGCUAUGUGUUCAGACGAGGGCCUCGGAACGUUCCCCUCCGCCUAUCCGAAUCUGGAAUAAGUCUGAAGGAAAAGAGGAUCUGGGGGAAAAAAAUCUCACCCGAUAAUCUAAACCAACCAAAAAAGUGGAUUUGGACAUCACAAGUGAACGUGUUUAUUGAAAGAAAGCUUGGAGACAACUGUGCUGUUAUAAAACUAUACAAGCAACUCAGACAGAAGGCUGAAAUAAGCGCAGAUCUCUGUUUCUUGGUAAGGAUACGGUGCGCAGGUGCAGGCUGAAGUUGCAGUCAUGUUGACGUUUGUGCUGGGCGCACUGGCGUUACUUUGCCUCGCCAGCGCGCAAAACGAGACGGAACCCAUCGUGCUGGAGGGGAAAUGUCUGGUGGUGUGCGACUCAAACCCAACUUCGGAUCCCACCGGCACUGCGCUGGGGAUCUCGGUGCGCUCCGGCAGCGCCAAAGUCGCAUUUUCAGCGGUGAGAAACACCAACCAUGAGCCGUCGGAGAUGAGCAAUCGGACCAUGGUCAUCUACUUCGAUCAGGUCUUGGUGAAUGUCGGGAAAAGUUUUGAUGAGGAGAGAAGCAAUUUCUUUGCACCACGAAAAGGGAUUUACAGUUUUAAUUUCCAUGUUGUGAAGGUUUAUAACCGUCAGACCAUCCAGGUGAGCCUCAUGCACAACGGCUGGCCGGUGAUCUCUGCGUUCGCCGGAGACCAGGACGUGACGCGCGAGGCCGCCAGCAAUGGCGUCCUGAUCCAAAUGGAAAAAGGCGAUCGAGCCUACCUCAAGCUGGAGCGGGGUAACCUCAUGGGCGGUUGGAAGUACUCCACUUUCUCUGGAUUCCUGGUCUUCCCGCUGUAGAUGAAAGGCUUGCCACGUAGAGACUAUUGCUCUUUAGCUCACUGGCUCGGGGGGCUGCGGCGAAAGAGUAAAAAAGUGAGAAUGAAUGAGAGAGUGUGGAGGAUGUGUGUAAGCGAUAAAUAAGGAAUUCAUACGGCUAACUCUUCGACAUGCUCGCAAUGCUGCUUGAUUACAGCUCUGGACAGCCAAAACUUUUUUAUUAGCCCUAUGAUUACAAUAAUUGAGAAUUAAUAACAAAGUUAUAAAGGCUGUUUCCCUUGUUUUCAUACACAUUUCAUUGGGAAUUUCCUCAUCCCAUCUUUAAAACACACUUUUCUUUUAACACGCCUACUUUUCUUCAUACUCUUCAUCCUUCAUCAUCAAAUUCUAAUGUAAUAUUAAAUUGUACAAACAGAUGUCAAAUGCUGUACCCUCCAGUCCUUAUGGGUAUUUUCACUCUCACCUUAUGUCAUUACUCUUCUUAUAAGAGGACACAUCUUAGUCUGUCAUGCUGAGUCUCCAUAAGAAGAAUCUUGCUGUAUACUGGAUAUAUACAGAUAUAUAAAAACCUUAAAUUUCUAUAUGAUAUACUCUAACUGAAUCUGGUUGACUAUCUGUAUUUCCGUAUUUCAGUGUUAAUAAUAGUGAUCGUGUGUGUGGAUCAUAAGGCUGCUGCCCAGCUACCGAUGCUUCUUGUUUUCGUUCUAGUCGGAAAUGUGGCUACACUUAAGCUAUAUCAGAAAUACUAAAUAGUAAUUUUAUUAUUAUUGACUGUAAGAUAUAUGUGAAUAUCAAGCAAAGGAAAUCCUUUCUUUAAUUUACUGAAUUAUUUAAUGAUUGUUUUUUAUUUGCUUUGAUCCAAUAAAACUUAAAUGGUCAUUUCUAA